AUUCCUGACGAUAUAUUGAAAAUGAAAUUUGGUUCAUUUACGAACGAGCGUAUUCAGAAACUGCACUAAAUGUGCAAAUGGCAGCAUAUCUUUGUAUUGAUUUCCUUACUGCCACGUAGACAUGGACUUGAGAGACGGAAUUCCUUUCUCGGUCAGCAAUUACCUUCAGUGCCUUUUGAUAAGGUCGAUAAGCUAUUAUCGGAAAUAGAAACAACUCAUAGAGCUCUCCGCAUAAAUCGGCAGUCAUGUUUCAACAGCUCAAUUCAAAUAAAUGGUCUGGCCAACGGUUCCUCUUUACUGGAAAGCACAGAAAAGCAGAUACUGCUUUUGAUACGACUUUUUAACACCAGCUGUCCAAAUGAAUAUCAUCGGGAAAUCCCAAAAGCACGCUCGGAUUAUAAAUCAUUCCAUUUUCCAUUUGUACCAGAAUAUGAAUAUAAUCCGAAUUGUCCUCAAAAAACCCAACCUUGCAAGGGAUUAAGCCCUACUACUACUACUUCUACUACUACUACUACUACUACUACUACUACUACUACUACUACUACUACUACUACCACCACUACUACUCCUACUACUACUACCACAACUACUACUCCUACUACUACUACUCCUACUACUACCACCACCACUACUACUCCUACUACUUCUACUCCUACUACUACUACCACCACCACUACUACUCCUACUACUACUACAACUACUUCUCCUAAAACUAAUCCAUUUGUUGAUCCUACCUCCACACCAGGCCCAACUGGCUCAGACGAGGAAUAUGUGAUACAAAACAUAAACCUUAUUAGAAAUGAUCCGGUGUUUGGCAAACCACUCUGUCACUUUCCUCAGAAGUCAACUCCGGACAAGAUGCGCGUCUACCUGGCCCUGCCGCUCCUGCUGCUGGGCAUCGGCCUCAGUUUGGCCCAGUACCAGUACCAGGCGCCCCACCAAACCCUCGCCCAGCAAUUCGCCGACGUGGUGGAUGUGGUCGAUCCUGCAGAGCAAUCUAUCAAAGCAGUGCGACCACCGAAGAGCCGCAAUCAGUGCACCGCCAAGCAGAACUGCUUCUGCGGCACCCCGAAUGUCAACCGAAUUGUGGGCGGCCAGCAGGUGCGCUCCAACAAGUAUCCUUGGACCGCCCAGUUGGUCAAGGGUCGUCAUUAUCCCCGCCUCUUCUGCGGCGGUUCCCUGAUCAACGAUCGCUAUGUGCUGACCGCCGCCCAUUGUGUGCACGGAAACAGGGAUCAGAUCACCAUUCGCCUGCUCCAGAUCGACAGAUCCUCCCGGGAUCCUGGCAUUGUGCGCAAGGUCGUCCAGACCACUGUGCAUCCCAACUACGAUCCCAACCGGAUUGUCAACGACGUGGCGCUGCUCAAGCUGGAGUCCCCUGUUCCACUGACUGGAAACAUGCGUCCAGUCUGCCUGCCCGAGGCCAAUCAUAACUUUGAUGGCAAGACCGCUGUGGUCGCUGGCUGGGGCUUGAUCAAGGAGGGCGGCGUCACCUCCAACUAUCUGCAGGAGGUCAAUGUGCCCAUCAUUACCAACGCGCAGUGUCGCCAGACGCGCUACAAGGACAAGAUCGCCGAGGUGAUGCUCUGCGCAGGAUUGGUGCAGCAGGGUGGCAAGGACGCCUGCCAGGGCGACAGUGGUGGCCCACUGAUCGUCAACGAGGGGCGCUACAAGCUGGCCGGCGUGGUGUCCUUCGGCUACGGAUGUGCCCAGAAGAAUGCGCCGGGUGUCUACGCCAGGGUGAGCAAGUUCCUGGACUGGAUCCGGAAGAACACCGCCGACGGCUGCUACUGCCAGAGCUAGAUCAUUUCGCUGGAAGAACUCAUUUGCUUGCCUCAUUCCUAAGUUAUUCUAAAUUAUUGAAAAAAGAAGUUCACAUCAAAUAAAUCCAUCAAAUGCUUUAA